AUUAUUAUUAUUGUUUUUUUUUUUAUUGCUAAUGAAUUUGGGAUUUCACUACAAGACAUGGCCUGGACUAGUGGGACUCAGCAUGGCUAUGUAGUGAACACUAUAGAGGUUGGUAAUGAAAUACAAAGAACACAAUAACUAGAUGCAUGUUUAGAGUUUUAUGUCAAACGUUGAAUGUCCUGCAGCCCGUGUGGAUUGCUCCUCUGACUCGAUGAACAUUGCCAUCCGUAAAUCCUACCUGGACUCACUGGGCUUCAGCUGGUACGACCUUUAUCUUGAUGACCAUCGCUGCAGAGCUUCAACUGACAACUACUAUGUCACCUUCAACUUCCGUCUCCAUAGCUGCAGCACCGGGAGAACGACUGAGAACGGACGUAUUAUCUACACCAAUAAUGUGCGAGCAGCUCAGUCAACGUCGGGUGAGAUCACCCGAAAUGAUACAGCUUUCCCGUUGGUUGUGAGAUGUGUGAUGGAGCGUAAUUCUUCAGUCAGGAUUCUUUAUGAGGCCAAAGAGAUUACAAAUGCAGCUAUCACUGGAACGGGUCGGUUCAACACCACCAUGGCCUUUUACCCAUCCAGCAGCUUUUACUACCCCAUCACCGAUUCCCCGUACCGAGUGAACCUCAAUCAGCAACUGUACGUGCAGGUGCAGCUAACUCCAGCCGAACCAAACCUCCACCUGUUCAUGGACUCCUGUGUGGCCUCGCCAAACCACGACUACAGCAGCCGCACCUAUGACCUUAUACGCAAUGGCUGUCGGAGAGACAACACGGUAAACAUAUACAGAAAUGGAAAUCGUUACUUCGCUCAGUUCAGCUUCAGCGCAUUCAAGUUCCUGCGCACACACAACCAGGUGUUCCUCAAGUGUGAUGUCAUUAUCUGCCCUGACAACGACUACAACUCACGAUGUCGCCAAGGAUGCCUCAAUCGCGGGAAACGAAGCACUAGCUCUGAUCACCACACUGAGGUUCUUACCCUUGGGCCAAUCACACUCUAAGGUCCAGAGGAGGCUGAGGCCAAGACGGAGGACAAGGAGUGAACUCACACUGACUGAUUAAUUAAUCACUUAAAUAUAGUUAACACUGAAUAAAUUUGCUAAUAGAUUGUUGAGCAAUCUCUCUUUCUUAAAUACUCACCUGUUGAUUUUUGGGGGGAGAUUUAAACUGUGUUUUUGACCCAAAUUUAGAACCGUCUAAUCCCCGUAAUCUGAAUCAAUCUGCUAUGUCUAAAACAUUUUCUGAUUUUAUGUGUGAGAACGGUUUUUUGAUCCGUGAAGAUUCCGUAACCCCUCUCUAAAAAAGUUUUCUUUCUUCUCCCAGGUGCAUCGUUCCUAUUCGAGGAUUGAUUAUUUUUUAUAAACUUAUCCCAUCGCCUUGGAGAUUUAAUUCUCUUCUUUUGGCAGACACAGACACUUCCUACUUAAAUUUUUGUGCCUGUGGUUGGGUUUUAAAAUAUCUAUAUAACCAGCGAUAGUUAUUGGAUAGCCAUGAUGAGCCGGUGGGAGGGGUUUUUCCGGUGAUUGUACUUUUUAAUUUUGUUUUCCUUUGUUUGCAUAAAAAGAAAAAAAACUGUGAAAUAAUUUAUUACAAUGCUGAUCUAAAAUAUAAUAAUUACAAGACAGCAUAGGAUGAGGUAAAACUAGAACUAGCUAAAAUACAGUAGUGGCAAUUGUGAAAGUAGACAAAACAUGUCAAUGCUUUGAAGGAUGUGAAUUGGAACAGAAUAAUGUUAUUCAAUUGCGAAUCUGUUUUUAGAGGAUUUAAACCUAACAUGGUGAACAAAUUAUAUUAUACGAUUCAGGCAAUUUGACUGGGGUUAUCUCAUAUAGUGUGGCAAGUAAUAAUCUGGAAAGACCUUUGAAAUAUCACAGUCUAAAACUGGAUUUAAAGAGAAGCAAAUCAGUAAAUGAAUCACAUGUAAAUGAAUCACAUGAAAAUGAAUCACAUGUAAAUGAAUAAAUAAAUAUGGGAAGAAAAAAAAAACACUGAAUAAUUUCACUAACCUUCCUCUAUUAAAGCAUUAUCUAAAGGCAAGCUGGUGUGGUGUCAUUGGUGUUAUGAUAAGAAAAUAAUUAUAUCUGUUAAAAUCUGAAGAACUUGUGUGUAUAUAUAUAUUGUGAGGAAUUAGCCCGGGGAAGGGCAGCGUACAGACCCACAGGAGACAGAAGGAUGUUUGCAAGCGGUGGUUUAUUGUGGCUAGGGUGAGGUGAAUGGGUUAUAAGUGGAUGAGUGCGGGGUUUUGUGGAGGCGUGACGGCCGGCGGAGUCUACUCGUGGCGGAGGCGGGAUUCCCGAGGCGGGGCGGGGGUUUUCCCGGGCCGGCGUCCUCCGUGUGUGCGACUCUCACUAUCCAGCGGUCUCGUCCGCGCUUGUGCCUCCUGGAGAGAGGGAGAGAGAGAGAGAGAGAGAGAGAGAGAGAGAGAUUAGCGUGGGGCGUGAGAGAGAGAGAUUAGCGUGGGGCGUGAGAGAGAGAGAGAUUAGCGUGGGGCGUGAGAGAGAGAGAGAGAGAGAGAGA